AUUUUAGCAGGUUUAAAUCCGGGACAUGCUAAACUGCUGAGCGCAGAAGGUACUGGCCUCAAGCAUCUCUGGAGGGUUUGAACUUACAGCUUAAGUUUUGUUUCAGGAUGUCUUUAUACGGCAGUUUUUUGACUGAAGACCAGGUCACAUGCUCUAUAUGCCUGGAUGUGUUCACCAAUCCUUCAUCCACACCAUGUGGCCACAGUUUCUGCAUGGCCUGCAUCACCAGAUACUGGGAAGGAUCUCAGGUUUGCCAGUGUCCUUUAUGUAAGAAAACCUUCCAGAAUCGACCAGACCUCCAGAUCAACAGGACUCUGCGAGAGAUAACUGAUCAGUUCAAAUCUGUGAAAGGUGGAGGAUCAGUGAAGGACAAGAAGGGAAAAAAGAUGGGACACAAAAAUCACAACUUUAUGGCAGAACUAAAAAUGAAGCUGCCAAAACCUCUGCCCAAGAACAUGGUAGCUCUGACCGGCACAGCUCAAUCCCAGGCGCUUUCUUUCCCAUCUCUGUCCACGUCAACUUUGCACCAGAAUGGCACAAGCACAAUGGCUUUAUCGGUACCGAACCGCUGCGGGUCUUCCAGUCUGGAGCACAGCCCCGAUCAUAAUCUUAACCAUCUGCAUCCUCAUUUCCCUCAUAUGAUGUCCCACGCCAAAGGUCGCAGAAGGUUCACUCUGAGUGGAGCGGCCAGUAGCAAUAAUGUCCCUCUCUGCGAAGUCCAUAACAGAGGAAUAUUGCUUUACUGUAAAUCCGACCAAAUGUGCAUCUGUCCUGAAUGUGAGAUCGAAGACCACAAUGAUCAUGACACCGUCACUGUUGAGGCCGAGUGGAUGGAAACUAAGAUGCUGCUGAGAGACUCUGAGCAGGACAUCCAGGACAUGAUCAGCGACAGGAGGAGGAAGAUCGAGGAGAUCAGGGAGUCUGUGACAGAACUGGAGAUGGCGGUGGAGCGGGAGACGUCGGGCACUGUGUGCCUCUUCUCGGCGCUGGCCUCCGCCAUCGAGCGGUCCCAGGCGGAGCUGAUCGAGGUGAUGGAUAACAGCCGCAGGUCAGCGGAGAAUCAGGCCAACGCCAUGAUCCAUCAGCUGGAGAGGGAGAUAGAAGAACUCGAGAGCAGAGAAGCUGCUCUCACUGAACUCGCCAUGUCAGAGGAUCACAUUCACUGCGUCAAGACUUUUCCCAGCCUGUCCACACCUCCAGUCACCAAAGACUGGUCCGGAGUGUCGCUGAAUACCGACCUGGGAACGGCAGCCAUCUACAGACCUUUGGCAGCUACGGUGGAAAAGUUCCAGCGAGAUCUAAAGAAUAUUCUAGAAAAUGGUUUUCCUUCUCCAGUAUUGGAAGCCAGUGGACAGACAAAACCCAGAGAAAAGAAGAUGAAGGAAUUUGCACUGAACGUCACCCUGGAUUCCAGCACGGCCCAUCCCAGAUUGAUCCUGUCAGGAGAUUUGAAAAGUGUUUGGUGUGGGGACCGAUACCACCACGUUCCAGAAACUCCAGAGAGGUUCGACAAAGUGGUCUGUGUCCUGGGAAGAGAAGCAAUCUCCCAUGGGAAACAUUACUGGGAGGUGGAGGUGAACGGGAAAACGGACUGGGAUCUGGGCGUGGUCAGACAGUCCGUCAACAGGAAGGGGAAGAUCGAUUACACCCCACACAACGGCUUCUGGUUCCUCAGCUUAAGAGACAAACACAAAUACGCCUUUCGCUCUGAGCCUUGCACAGAAGUAGAGAUGAAACUUCGACUUCAUAAGAUUGGAAUAUUUGUGGACUAUGAGAAAGGAGAGGUAUCCUUUUACAACGUCGAUGCCAAAGUCCACAUCUACACUUUCUAUGACAUCUUCACUGAAAACCUCUUCCCCUUCUUCAGCCCCUGCACCAACAAAUCAGGAAGAAACGAAAUGCCCCUGAUCAUCACUCCUGUACACAUGGAGUAAAAGCUAACGUGUUUCUAAAGUUCCUCAGAUACUUCAGAAUGGGUUUUGUUCAUUUUUUUUUACAGCUUUUUCCACAUUACUAGAAAUCUAAUGUGAUAAUUUAAUACUGAAGAACGGAUUGACUUCCUGGAAUCCCAGGACUGAACCCGAAUGACAAUUAUUGUUUUUCUUUGUUGUUGUUUCUUCAAAAAACAAGCUAGCCUCACGUGAGAGGUUCAGAAUGUGGAAAAGGACAAUUAUUUCUGACUUCAUUUGGUUUUCAGUUCUUGUACCAUAUUUUAUCCCUUCUGUUUACUUAACACAAAUUUACUUUAUUUGUAAUAUACCUUUAAAUAUUUACAGCAGAGGAAAAACAGUAUGGCUGCUGCUGAAACUGUUGUGUAAAGAACAUUUUUCAUAAUAUUUAGUAUCGUAAUUUUUGUUUAAACGCCACAUUCUGUUACAUUAAAUGGAGAAUUUAGAUGUUUUUUAAGUGGGGUUCUGUUGAGAGGUUAUUAGCUGAUAACAACUUACCUUCAGUCUCUAGUCAUACAGAAUGACAAGAGAUUAGAUGCUAAAGCUAACUGCUAUUCUCCCGUGAGCAAGAGUAAGAGGAUAUCUGCCAUCUUGAAAUUACCUAUGACUAAUAAAAAAAUUUAUUAGUUUGCACACUUAAACUAAUAUGCUAAUAGCAGGGCUAAUUGUUUUGUUUAUCAAUUUUUGCUAACUUUGGAAAUGUUUAGUGCAUUUUCCCUUGAGUAAAUUUUUCCAGAUAAAUUUUAAAGCACUAAUUUACUUUGCUGUUUUGUAAACGUUCAGUUAAAUAAAAUUUGACAUCUGUGUUGAA